GUGGUACGCAGUGCGGAACAGAACAAAGUUGCCAUUCACCCCGAUAGCGGCCUCUGCUUCUCUACUCUUCUCCUAACUUCCACACUCGUGUCCCUUUCUUUCCUCCCCGUCGCUUCCGCAGAUCAAAAUUCAAAACCCUAGCGAACUCCUCCGCAAGCACGUGAUCGACCGGCCAUGGCUUCCGCCCUCGGAGCCCAGGUGGCUGCCGUGGCGCCGAUUGGUUCGGAUGGUCGCCACUACAGGAGUUGUUCUUCGCUCAAGGGUAAUAACUCCCGCAAUAAGUCAUGGACUGGAAAAUUAGCAUGGGAAAACAAGACCCUGCAACCAAGACAUACGAAGAAGGUCUUUUGUAUGUCCGUGCAACAAGCAAGCAAAAGUAAAUGUAAAGUUGCUAUUAAACCUCUGGAACUGGAGAAUACAAAGGAGCCACCCCUCAACUUGUACAAACCAAAGGGACCCUACACAGCCUCAAUUGUCUCCGUUGAGAGAAUUGUAGGUCCUAAAGCUCCUGGUGAAACAUGUCACAUUGUCAUUGACCAUGGUGGUAAUGUCCCAUACUGGGAAGGACAAAGUUAUGGUGUCAUUCCUCCAGGAGAGAACCCAAAGAAACCUGGGGCCCCAAAUACCGUCCGACUCUAUUCUAUUGCGUCUACUAGGUAUGGCGAUUCUUUUGAUGGAAGGACUGCUAGUCUUUGUGUGCGCCGUGCUGUUUAUUAUGAUCCUGAAACUGGAAAAGAAGAUCCUUCAAAGAAGGGUAUCUGCAGUAACUUCUUGUGUGACUCAAAACCAGGUGACAAAAUUCAGAUCACAGGCCCCUCAGGCAAAAUAAUGCUUCUGCCUGAGGAUGACCCAAACGCAACUCAUAUCAUGAUUGGAACUGGCACGGGUGUUGCUCCUUUCCGUGGCUACCUACGUCGUAUGUUCAUGGAAGAUGUCCCAUCUUUCAAGUUUGGUGGUCUGGCUUGGCUCUUUCUUGGUGUUGCCAAUACUGACAGCCUGCUCUAUGACGAAGAGUUCACAAACUACCUUCAGCAGUAUCCAGAAAAUUUCAGGUAUGACAAAGCACUAAGCCGGGAGCAGAAAAACAAGAGCGGUGGCAAGAUGUAUGUGCAGGACAGGAUCGAGGAGUACAGUGAUGAAAUCUUCAAGCUUUUGGAUGAUGGUGCACACAUCUACUUCUGUGGUUUGAAGGGGAUGAUGCCAGGGAUUCAGGACACACUCAAGAGAGUAGCUGAGCAAAGAGGUGAGAGUUGGGAUCAGAAGCUGUCACAGCUGAAAAAGAACAAGCAAUGGCACGUCGAGGUUUACUAGGUUACAAUGGCUGAGAUUGUUAAUUAUUGUUUCCCGGGGAGAUGGAAAACAGAAAGAUAAGUAGGUCAUUCUCUUCCCAUUGUAAAAUUGUCAAUAUUAUUCAUACGCGUGUGCGUCGCAUGAUUAAUAAAACAAUGUGCAAUUACGCCUGUGAA